AUGAUUUUUUACACUGGCUACACAUCGGAAAAUGUUUGGGGGUUCUGGGAAACUGAUUUCGUAAAGGACUCAAAGAGUAUGCCGUCAAUUGAAAUCAAACUCGCUCCUCCUGAGAACCCACUACCUCAAGUUGAGGAGGAAAUAAAGUUACUGGAAUCAAAUCGCAUUGAACUUGAAGAGGGUAUGAUGUCGAGACUUGAGCAGGAGUACAACAACGCUUUAAUGAACUCUAGAGAGAAAAUAAAGACCGUAAUAAAUGAUAGCUUAUCUGUUUUUGACAAUAAGGAAUUAAUAGCGGAAUUAUUGUCCAAAUACGCUCAUAAAAAUGAUAAAUCAAAGUUUAAUGGAGUUUCAUUUCUACAAACUGAUGAGGCCUAUGUGCCAAGUUCAGUGAGGGUUAUGAUGAGUGAAGUUGAUCCUCCGGAUCCAUCCAUAAAGGAGAAAAUGGACCAAAUUGAACAAGCGAGAAAUGAUGAGGAAAUCCAAGCUUUUUAUCAAGAAUCUAAAGAAUUUGAGCAAUUAACUCAAGUUACUCUAAUUGAACUUCAAAAGAUGUUACAACUACAACUUAACCCUUAUUUAAUUGAGACUGAGAAACUAAAAACUGCUUUUAAACAAUUUGAUCAACGGAAUACGCUCAAUAUGAAUCAUAAUUACACUAAUCCAGUAUCAUUUCUACAAACUCAAGCUGAAGACUUAUCUGAAAAACGUCAAUUAAAUGUAAAAAUAGGACAAUCAGACAUACCAUAUCCAACUGUUGAGGAUUAUGUAAUGAAUAUGGAAAAGAAAAGAGAUGUUUCUGAGAAAUUAGCAAGGAAUAAAAUACUAAACAUGUACUUGAACUUGAUGAAGGCUCAACAUGAAAUGAUCGCAGAUGAAUUACACCAGGCUGUUAGCAGAGUAAUAUCACAAUAUAGUGGAAUAGUAGAGGAGGCAAAUAAGGGAACAUUUAAUAAAAAGGAAAAGAUGGAAAUGGAAAAUAAAAAAAUUGAACAUCAAGAGGAAUGA